AAGGACCACGCAGACAUAAAAAACGAGACAACAAUUCGCUGUGGAAGCCCUUCGAGUACUGUUUCUAGUUGGUAUUAAUUAUUUGUUAUUUAUAUCUAUACUUUGUUUUCUGCCGUCCCAUCCUGUCUACAAAUUUUGUUAUGCCUGGAUACCCGCACAUCUGAUCACCGUUAUAGCACAGACCAACCAGUAACCAUACCAGUGAUAACAACAGCACCAGCACCAGCACCAGCACCAGAAACAACAGUUAAAAAUACAAACAAAAGAUCAUACAGACAGACAGACAUACAACAAAAGCUGCAUUAAUAAAAUGCAGUCUCCGGGCAAUGGCAUUGGUAGGGGCAGCGGCGAUGAAAACAGUUUUUACGAUUCCUUUAAUAAUUUGAACCAGCCAACGAAACAUCUCCAAAAUCAGCAGCAGCAGCAUCAACACCGCAAAUCAGCCGAUCUUACGCUGCGCAGGCGCCAGAACCGCGACGCAGCAGCCCGACACCGCCAAAGACAAAACAACAAACUUGAUCAUCUUGCACACAAAGAGGCAGUGCUGAGCCAACAAGUGUCAGAGAUGCAGCUUGAGAUUGAGUUACUGCGAAACAGUCAAGCAGGCUUGACGUUGCCUACACGAGAUCCUUUUACUGCGUGCAUCCAGGCAAUGCUCGACCAGCUUCAAAAUUUGGCAAGCUCGUUGACUCAAAACAAAGACAGAAAUGGAGAUGGAGAUGGAGAUGGAGGACAACGGCUUUUGCACAAGGACCAAAGGUGAAAACCAAUAGCACUAAUAGCAAAACACUUCUGCAUAUUUUCAAUAAAAUAUUUUGUAUAUCACGU